AUGGUCAGCCCGGUGAUGAGCAUGGUCUGCCUUUCCAAGGUGCUUAUCGACAGAGGCAGUGGCCUCAACAUCAUCUUCUCCAAGACACCAGAGAGCAUGGGCCCUGACAUGACUUCUCUGGUCCUGACCCAGGAAGACUUCUACAGAAUCAUCCCAGGCUCCGGCUCGACCCCCGUCGGCCAAGUGACCCUUCCUGUCACCUUUGGAACCCGAGAGAACUCCCGAACAGAGCAUCUUCACUUUGAGGUGGCGUUAUUUGAAACCUCAUGCCACGCAAUCCGAGGGAGGCCCGCCCUCGCCAGGUUCAUACCGAUCCCCAACCACACAUAUCUUGUCUUCAAGAUGCCGGCACCGAACGGAGUCAUCUCCAUCUACGGUGACCUGAAGGCAUCUCACUCCUUCAAGACUGAGAAUAUCAACCUCUCUGAAGAAUUGGAGCUGUCCAAGAAUGCAGUCUUAGUAGCCGAGUCGGCAAAGAAGAUUCCUCCCGAGGAUCUCACCAUCCCAAAAAAUGACUCGCUGCCGAUUCACAGCUGA